AACUCUACGAAGAAAUUAAUAAAUUAUACAAAUAUAUCUAACCAUGAAAGUGGAAAAUUAAAUUCCUAAACUAAUAAUUACCUUGAACGGUGAUCUGAGAUUUGAUAGGUUUCCACAAAACCCUAGGAAUUAAUUUCCACCCCCAUCUCAAUUUCAGUAACGUUUAUUCUACUCCUUUUUUAAUUUUGUAUCUUUUGUUUCUAUUGGAAUGGUACUUUUUAUAUUCUAAAACCAGCUUAUGGUUUUUCAGUUUUGAUUCUUAGGAUUGAAUUGUUUUCUUUUAAAGAGAUGAUUGGUUUUUAUUCUGGAGAUAAUUUGGUGAAUUGGGUCUCUUUUUCUGGUUGAAUUUAGCGCAAAAAAUUGAACUUCAGAAAGAUAACAGUUGGAUUUUCUGGUUUAUUUUUUAUUCUGAGAUCAUUUGGUGAGUUGGGUGUCGUGUUUCUUAGUGCUUUUCUCGCCUGAGUGGGGGAUUUUGUUGAAGUAAUCCACAUUUAGGAAGUGAAUUUUGUACCAAGAUUUGAACUUUAGGAAAAUAAAAAUUGGAAUAACUGGUUGAGUUGGGUAUCGUUUUUUCUUGGUGAAUUUAGUGCUUUUUUCACCUGAGUGGGGGAAUUUUGGUGAAGUAAUCCACAUUAGGUGGUGAAUUUUGUACCAAGAUUUGAACUUUAGAAGAUGACAAGUUGCAUGUGAAUGAGUAGAAGGCUAGCAAUAUUGGUCAUUGGGUAUGGUUCUUUGCAGCAACAGCUACCUCAGAACAAUUCUGCUACAUUCCAAACUAUACCUUGAAAGCCAACUAAAAUGUAUAAGGAGAAAGAAGGAUUGUUGCCCUGGAUCCACAAAUUCGCGCCUAGAAAGAAGGUUGGGAUGCUGCUGUUGUGUGCUGUUUCAUUAGCAGUUCUUGUCUGGGUCUUGUUUGUUGACAAAGGUGAAGAUGCACAAGAACUUAAUGCCUCCAUAACUAAUAGUGUGUUUACUCCAGAAGCUGGACAAAAGGAUAAUUCUACGUAUAUUGAGUCAAUAGAACAAACUAAUGUUGGACAAAGUGCAUCAAUUGUCCAACCUCUUCCUCCUCCGCCUCCUACUGUAUACUUCAAAGGAUACACUCUUCCUCCUGGGAAUCCAUGUGAAGGCUUCACGUUGCCACCGCCGCCAGCAGAUAAAAAGAGGACGGGACCAAGGCCAUGUCCAGUAUGCUACCUUCCUGUUGAACAAGCUAUUGCAUUAAUGCCGGGUGCACCAUCCUUUUCUCCUGGGAUUAGCAAUUUGACUUACAUUCGUGAAGAAAAUUUAAGAAAAACCGAGUUUGGAGGUUCAGAAUUUGGAGGAUAUCCUUCACUGAUGCAAAGGAAUGAUUCAUAUGAUUUAAGAGAGUCCAUGAGUGUGCACUGUGGAUUUAUUAGAGGCAUCAGGCCCGGACAUCAGACAGGUUUUGACAUUGAUGAUUCUGACCUUCUUGAAAUGGAAUCUUGUCGAGGUGUUGUUGUGGCAUCAGCAAUAUUUGGCGCUUUUGAUUUGAUAAGGCAACCAAAAAAUAUCAGCGAAUAUGCAAAGAAAAAUGCAUGCUUUUGUAUGUUCGUGGAUGAAGAAACAGAAGUUUUCUUAAGAAAUUCUAGUGAGCUAGAUGGUACCAUGAGAAUUGGUUUAUGGAGAAUUGUCAGUGUUCAUAACCUACCUUAUGAUGAUCCGAGGCGAAAUGGGAAGGUUCCAAAGCUUCUGCUUCACAGGCUUUUUCCUAAUGCCCGUUAUUCUCUAUGGAUAGAUGCAAAACUUGAGCUGGUUGUCGAUCCAUAUCAAAUACUUGAAAGGUUCUUGUGGAGAAAAAAUGCGAGCUUUGCGAUAUCAAGGCAUUAUAGGCGCUUUGAUGUGUAUGUAGAAGCAGAAGCUAAUAAGGCUGCUGCAAAGUUUGACAAUGCUUCCAUCGAUUUCCAAGUUGAAUUCUAUAAAAAGGAAGGUCUAACUCCUUAUUCCACAGCUAAACUUCCUAUUACAAGUGAUGUCCCGGAGGGAUGUGUAAUAGUAAGAGAGCACAAUCCAAUCUCCAAUCUAUUUGCUUGUCUUUGGUUUAAUGAAGUGGACCGUUUUACUCCAAGAGACCAAAUAAGCUUCGCCAUUGUGAGGGACAAGAUCAUGUCAAAGACAAAUUGGACUGUUAAUAUGUUCCUGGACUGUGAAAGGCGCAACUUUGUGGUUCAGGGGUAUCAUAGAGACAUUCUUGAGCACUGGGCUCCCCCGCCUCCACCUGGCGGUACUGAAAUUGUUCAUCCUCCUCCGCCUGUAGUCGAUGAAACCCUACAGACCUCACGCAAUGUUACAUCAUCAAGUUAUGUUACUGAUCCCAGAAAGCGUGAGAGGAAUAGGAAAUCCAAGCGUCAUAGAAAAGUUAUAGGAAGUUAGGAUGCUAACUUAAAUUUUUUGCUUAGGCAUAUUCUUUUGUUUCCUUCCCUGUUGCAAGGAUAUCAUAUUUUUGGGGCUAGGAACUAUGUUAGAUGAAAGUUAUAGAUGUUAACAAAAAGGGCAGUGUCAAGCAGGGGUAGAUGCAACACUUGUGAACAGGUCCAUUCGAACUUAGUAUUUUCGACGUGGAACAUAAAUAUUAGUGCUAAGAACCUUAAAGGUCGAAUUCAAUCAAAUUUAAAUCUUGACAACUUUAGAUGAAAUAUUAGAUGAAAUUUUGUUGUAUA